AAUAAACAACAGCCGCUUGUGCUGACGUCUGGAGUCAGCAGCAGCACAAACCAGACGCGAAAGAUCGUGGCCGAAGCCCCACGAUGGCGAAAGAAGUUACCAACAAAAUUCGAAGUUUUUCGGGACCAGAAAGUAAGAUUACGGUGUCCAGUUCGAGGUAGUCCACAGCCAUACUUGAUAUGGUAUCGUAACAACCAACCUGUUUCUACAAUGUCACCUCGUCUAGAAAUGAAACGACAAAGUCUAAUCAUCUUAGACUUUCAGCCUGAAGAUGUCGGAAUUUAUGCCUGUAAAGCGUACAACAAAUUUGGCGAAAUUUGGAAAAAUUUUACUUUGUCCUUAGCAGAAUUUUCACUACUAAGAAAAGUGGUAACAGAAACUGUUUUAACUCCAAAAGAACCUUUGGGUACACCAUUCUUCACUAAACCAGAAUUACUGUCAAAGGCCUUCAUUGUUGUUCCUGCUGGAAAAAGUGUGACUCUUGCUUGUCCUGCUGAUGGAUUUCCAAAGCCAAAUAUAAUGUGGUUGAAAGACUCAAGUCCAAUUGUUCGUUUUAUUGGCAAACAAACUAUCUAUAAAGGCUGGAAUAUGACAAUGAACCUUGUUGGCCCUGAUGAUAAAGGAAACUAUACAUGUGUUGUUGAAAAUAGUAAGGGUAAAAUCAGCUGGACUUUUGAAGUUGAAGUUCAAGAGCGUUUGACCCGAAGACCUAUAAUUCGAGAUGGCUACCCAUCAAAUCAAACAGUAUAUGUAGGAGAACAAGCAAAAUUUCAAUGCCGUUUCUACAGUGACUUACACCCUCACAUACGUUGGUUAAGAUAUUAUAUGGUGAAUGGAUCUUAUACAGAUGCUAAUGGAAGCCUCUAUGUUCAUGUUAUCGAGAGUAACAAUCAGAACAUCACAGACCCUCAUCUAUUAGUAAUCGAUAAUGUGACAAAAGAAGAUGAAGGCUGGUAUGGUUGUCUUGCCUGGAAUUCUAUUGGAUUUUCUAACAGAAGUGUCUGGCUGUCUGUUCUUCCAUUGCCUGAAAGUGUUGGAGAAAGCAAUGUGGUGGAAGUUUCUACCUUUUCUUGGAUGGUGUUAGUGGUUGUGUUCUCAAGUAUGCUAGUGCUGAUUUUACUCAGUGUUAUCUUGUGUCGAUACCAACUCACUAAACAGCAGAAAAACAAAGUCAAUCUAAUAACUACACAGAACCAAAUCAUCAUCAAAAAGAAAGUUAUCCUAGAAAAACAUGAAACUGACAAAUCAGAACAAUCAAUAGCACCACUUGUUAAGAUAGAUGUGAUGCAGGGCUAUCCAUCUUCAAAUAGAACUUCAGUAUCUGAAUAUGAAAUUCCACCAGACCCACUGUGGGAGUUUCCUAGAGAAAGAAUAGUCUUGGGUAAUGUGCUCGGUGAAGGAGCUUUUGGACAAGUCAGGAAGGGAGAUGCAUAUGGAUUAACAAAUAAAGAAGGUCCAUCUGUUGUGGCUGUGAAGAUGUUGAAAGAUGCCCAUACUGAUCAGGAACUUGCUAAUUUGGUAUCAGAAAUGGAAGUUAUGAAGAUGAUUGGAAAGCAUGUGAAUAUCAUCAAUCUUUUAGGCUGUUGUACUCAUGAUGGACCACUAUAUGUUGUUGUGGAAUAUGCACCUAAUGGCAACUUGCGAGACUUUUUACGUGCUCACCGCCCUAGCUCAGGAUAUGAACGAGCUAUUGGAAUUGAUUUGAAACCAAAGACUCUGAUACAGAAAGACCUGAUAUCAUUUGCCUACCAAGUUGCUCGUGGAAUGGAAUAUUUGACUUCAAGAAAGUGUAUCCAUCGAGACUUGGCAGCACGUAAUGUUCUGGUUACAGAAGAUAAAGUGAUGAAGAUAGCAGACUUUGGUUUGGCUCGAGAUGUACAUAACAUAGAUUACUACAAGAAGACCACAGAUGGACGUCUUCCAGUGAAAUGGAUGGCACCAGAAGCUUUAUUUGACAGAAUUUACACAAGCCAAAGUGAUGUAUGGUCCUAUGGUGUACUGGUGUGGGAGAUUAUGACCCUUGGAGGAACUCCAUAUCCAUCAGUUCCAGUUGAGAAACUUUUCCAGCUGCUACGAGAAGGACACAGGAUGGAUAAGCCCAGAAACUGCUCUCUUGAAGUUUAUAUGAUUAUGCGUGAGUGUUGGCACAACUAUCCUCAUCAAAGACCAAUUUUUUCUGAGUUGGUAGAAGAUCUGGACCGUAUCUUGACUAUUUCAUCUGAGCAGGAGUAUCUGGAUCUAGAUUUGCCAUUCCCUCUAGUAAAGACACCCCCUUCAAGUUGUUCAUCAUCUGACACUGACAUCUUUGAUUCUCAAGAGGAGGCUGGUGACAGGUUUGAAAUUUAAAUCUCAACCUACAAUCUGCCACUACUAGUCAACAUUAUAGUUAUUACAGAAGACUGUGGUAACACUGAAAAAUCAUUUUGUUUACAUUGGACAGAGAGUCAUUUAACUAAAUGGAAAGAAUUUAAUGAAAGUAAAGGCCUUACAACAUAGUUACUUAGUGCCUCACUCAAUACCUGUGGAUUGAAAUUAAGAUAAACUGGCUUUAUGGAAAUUAUUUGACAAAACCUGAAACUUCAGGUAUUCUGUGAAAUGUACACAUACCAAAGAUUUUGUUAGUUACCAAAAAAAUUUAACACUUUUUAAGGGUUUUUGUUUCUUUACUGUACAUACAUAACUUGUUAUUUUCAUAUUUGUUUUGUGAGAAUUAAGACUAUUGUGUAAUUGGUAAAUUAUUGGCCAAGAGCUGCCUUGUAUUUAUACUCUGUAUAUCGUGAUUAUUUUAUCAACAUUGUUUUUAUUAUUUUUACCAGCCUAACUAUGCUACUGCUUAAACAGAAUCAUAUUUUCAUUAGUAUUCCAUGUGCAGAAAAAAAUAUGAAAAUCAAAAACCACAAGACACUUAAAAGUAAAAAGUGUCCAGAAAAAAAAAACUUUAAUUCUAAAUUGGAUUUGAAUAGAAAACUUCUGAACAAAAAAUAAGUUAAUUUGAAAAGGUUCAUUUCUAACAAUGUUUCUAUUACUGAUUAUAUGUAAAAAAAUUGCUUAUAAAAUGACAAAUUUUUAUUAAAAGCCAAAGAAGUGCCAAGAAUAUUGUGAAAGACAGAGAGUUCUUCUCACUUUAUGACCUUAUAAUGAAAUUUAACAUUUCAUAUAUUAAUUUGAGUUUCUACAUUAAAUAGGAUUUUAGAUUAAAGUGGCUUAUUGACUUUCAUACAAGAUGACUUAAGUUCUGAACAUUCAAGGACACAGCAAGUUUCUUUAAAAUGUUAUAUAGUGUUAUUUCACAGUAUUAAUGCAUUAUGAACUGUAUUUAGAUGGCAGUAAUUGCAUAAGUCUUGAUGUGUUAUCUCUAGUAUGCCAAAGAAGUGUCUUCCUGUUCAUGUUUUAUUGAUAAGAUGUGUGAUAUAGAUCACUUGAAAUAUUUUUUUUCCAGAAUGUGUUGUUAGUUUUUGUGACUAGUAAAAAGUCAUACUUUCAGUUUAUCUUACUCUUUUAGAAUCUUCUUGUAAAUUUGCAUGGUUAUGUAGGAAAGGUUGUUAAGAGUUGUGUUAUUUAUGAUUAAACUUUUUUUUAGUAAAUGUUUAUUUGUAUUAUAUCAGAAAUACAUGAUAUGUGUAUUAUUCACUGCUAUUGUUAGAAAAUUAUGUAGUGCAAAUACUUAUAUCAAUUAUUAAAAGUUAAUCAUCAUUUCAACAAAAAGUAAUUUCAAAACAGUAUACAGACCUGUCAUAUUUAAAGUUGUCAUGCUUUCUACAUUCGUAUUAAAAAUGUAAUUAAAAUAUACAAACACAAUAAAAAAUAAUAAUUAGGAUUGAAACCUGAACAGAGCAUAAAAAGCAAGUUCAUGAUGAUGUGGGCAGGGGCGGACUGACAUCUUUUGGACUUGAUCACUUUCAAAAAUGCCCCCACUCCCUAAAAAAAUGCAACAGACAAAUAAAAACAUUUUUUAUUAUUAAAGUAAGUAAAAAGAACCGCUAGAUGUCAAAACAAACAAAAUAAUUAUACAAGCACUAAAGAGCUUAGCUCCUUUGUUGUAGAUGCUUAUUUAUCCUUUAUACAAUCUUUGUUUUUCCAUAAAUUGAUGGCAAUGUCUUUUUCAACUGCAAUGAGCUUCAGUACCUUCUAGUUUUGUUGUGUUGUUGAUGCUCUUAAGUGAGUUUUUAGAAUCUUCAAGAAGGUCAAGCCCAGGUGAUUUCAAAUAUUCAGAAACAGGAGAUGUAAUGUCAAACAUUCUAAUACAGAUGAAAGCCAUCAAACUAUUUCAAAUUUGGUCAUGUUUUCAUAUAGAUUCUUACCAUUAUAUCGCACUGACUUACAAAAAUCACUGGAUUCACUGACUUGUUUCAAGACUAUGAGAAGAUUAGAAAGCAUUUCAUUCGAAUAAUUUCCAUAACUGCCUAAAGUUUUUCUAAGUGCUCCUACUCUACUGGACCACCUUGUUUGACUAAGAGUGUCAAGCCUUUGAAGCUUACCAUGUAUCAACUUAGAAGAUUUCAUUUGAUCCUCCAAUAUAUGCAUCCUUUUGUACGAUUCUUUAAAAAACUUGGACAAUUCAUUGAGUAUUCCAAAGAGACUAACUACUGCAAUACAGGCACUUUUUGCAUCACCAAUUACCAAGUUCAGAACGUGGGCAUCACACCACAUGUGGACACGACUUGGGCAUACUUCCUUCAUUAUUGUUUGUAAGCCAUUGUAUGCACUGCUCAUAUUAGCAGCCCCAUCAAAUGAGUCUCCAAUGCAGUGUUUAAGAUCAAGUUCUACAUCAGUUAAGGAUUCCUUUGGUAGUGAAUACAAGCUUUUCCCACCAAGGUGUGUUACAUCAAGAAGGUGCAGAAGUCUUUCCUUGGCCUGGUCAUUUACAACAUAUCUGAGAACAAAAGCACACUGCAGAGAUAUCUUGUAUACAAUCCAUUUGUAAUGAAUAAAUUCCAGCCUUCUUAGCUUCCAUAGUCAAAAUAUCUUUGAUCAUAUUUCGAAUCAAAUUGAAAAGUUUCAUGAUAGUUGUUUUGCUCAGGGAUGUAACUACUUUUCCUCUACCCCUCUUUGAUGGUUCCCGCUUCUUUACCUUCUGUGUGAUAUCUUUCAGGUGAUCUUUCAUAGCUGGAUUAUAUUCUCACACCAAUUUAACUGCUUCCAAGAAAUUUCCACGAUUUUUUAAAAUGGUCUUCAUCAAACACAUGUGUUGCUGCUUCUGAAUAUUUGCUUCGAUAAAGCAAAUUUUUAAAUCCAAUGAAGAAAAUAAUGUCAAUAAUACAACUCAAGACUGCUCAUCUUUGAAGCACUUGGCUCUGUCGUACUAACAGCUGAUCAUGCCACAAUCUGUGCUCAACCAUUCUUUCUUGGAGGUGCAUGAAAUAAGCUUAUGUUAAGUCCUGAUGACAUAGCAAUUUUUCGUGCUCAGAUAAUCUUGUAGUGAUGUGUCUCCAGUCUGAGCAUCCUAUUAUCAGUUGAUUACCACGAUUUUUUUCAGAUGCAAACAUCAAAUAAAAUGAGCAAUGCAAACUCUUUUUUUUCUCGCUGUUAUAGGUCACCCAGGAGUGCUUGACAUCAUUACCAUAAAUAUCUAUGCGACUUUAAACCACUCUGUAAUAUUGUAAUGUAUAUCUCUAGUUGGUUGAUGUGGAUGAAAAUUUCAGAAAUUUUUUUUUGUAAUAUAUUUAGGCUUUUCAAAAAAAUCACUUAGCUCUGGGACAUUUGAGCAGGAAAUUUUUACAGGUGAUUCUUGUGUGAUAUGUGUUUAUAUAAUAGUAUUUUCAGUUUCAUUUUCAAUCAAUGUACUACUACUACCAAUACUUUCUUCUGGAACAUUUAAGGAUUGAAUCUUAAGAAUUUUUUCAGGGGAAGGUUGAGUGGCCUUUGGUAGAUCUGAAGGGUAUGGUGACAGUAAAACAGUAAUAUCAGUUUCUUCUUCAAUCUGUGUAUCAGAUGUACUGGAAGUACAUGCACCUGCAUCUAAUUCAGUAUAUUUUUCUUUUGAUGAUUUUAAAAAAGUGCUAAUUUUAGUCAGAGUUUCAACUUUUUUUUAUCUCUUCUUGUCUUUGUUUGUGUUUCAGAACACCACUUUUGUGUUUAUAUUUUCUUCCAGCUUCAUCCAUUUGUGUUAUUUUUCAAAAACAAAGCAAUUUCCUAAAACAGAAGAUAUUUUCAUAUCACACUAAUAUUAAAUCAGAAAAAAGUAAUUACUCAUGAUUAAAAAGGUUAGUAAAAACGUCAUGAACACUUGAAAAUAAUAAAAUAAAAUUACAAAUGUCAAAUGCACAAUGACAGUCACAAUUAGAAACUCAUACCUUUAGAACAGAGAACAAUAAUCAAAUAUAUCUUAAUUAAAUAAAAAAAUCAUUAUAUAAGCUAAAUAACAGAAAAUUUGGUAAUCUUAAAGAAUAGUGUUGGGUUGAUUUUAAUUAUAUAAAUGUAAGAACAAAUUUAAACUAGUAUUUUUGGAAAAACAAUGACUGUAAACACAUUAUAUAGUGUACUACAGUGUUUAAAGUGUUAACUGCCAUGCCAACCACACAAUGUUUUAAAAGUAAAAGUCAAUUUCCAUUUUGAAACUUUAUAUUUGAUAUAAUAAAAAAUAUAUAUAUUUUUUAAUUUGUUAAAAAAAUUAUCUUUUUAGACUGGUUUACAGGCCCCUACCCUCACUGGCCCUCAGUCCACAUCCUAUCUGCCCAUAGGGUCAGGCUGCCCCUGGUUGUGGGUGAACUAAUAUUAAUUAACAUACAAUAGGGAGUUUUUUAUUUUGUAAAAAUCUUUCAUAAGUUUGGGUAGGUACUACAGUCUAAGAACAUUAUGACACUCAAAAGAAAAAUUAAGAAUAAAAGAAAAUAUAAAAUAAGAUAAAAAAACGAAAAGAUAAUCUACUGAAACGAUACUUUCAUCAGAAUGCUAUUAUAGUUUACUUCUGAACCUAAAGCAACAGCUAACUAGUGUAAUUGAAAUUAAAAAUCCUGAGUAUGAAAACCAGACUUAUUUAAUAGUAGAUAUCUGUAUUCGUAAAUGUUGAUUGCAGUUGGUUACUAAAGCCUAGAUUAAAAGCUUUCUAAGUGGAAUUGAACCAAGUUAAUCGUUAUUAUACUAUGAUAAUAGUAUAAGCCAGUUAGAGGAUAUAAAAUGCAUAUAAUAAACAGUGUAAUAAAGAAACAAAAAAGGAUCAGGUUAUGAGAAGAGUUAUCUAAUGUUAUCAUUUGAUUGUAUAUCUGGAUAUAAGGAAUGAUAGUCAAAACUGAUUUUACAAUAUUUGAAAUAAGUAUAUAUGUGUGUGUACUUGUUUCAAAUACUGUGAUAUAUUUAUAUAUAUACUUAUUAAUCCAUUAUUAAAGAUUUAAAAAACACACCCGAGUGUAUUAAAAUUCUAAUGAUAUAUAUUCUGUAAAAUACAUGAAUAUGUUUUCAGGUUCAUCUCUAAAAUUAAAUACCAGCUGAAAAUCAAUAUAAAUAAGUACAAAUACUGUGACAACCAGAAAGUUGUCUCAAAUAUUACCACCAAUGUUCUCAACAAAAUGUUUUAGCUUUUCAAUUUUUGAACAAUUUAUAGUGACACAUGAAGGUGAAGUUGAGAAAUAAAAAAGUUUGUGUUUAUAUAUUUGUAAAACUAAGCAGAUUUUGUAGUAUUAAAAAUAUGUUGGGUUUCUUAAAUGAAAUCAUGGAUGUUUAUAUGGCUAUAAUAACAUAUAUUGAAAAAACUUUAGUCUGCUAGCUCUUGAUUUGAGAUGUAAAAUAUUUAGGAUCUAUUUAAGGUGUAAUAUUUCAUUUAUUUCUUUAUGAUACAAUUCUGCUGAGGCAAUCAUGGUAUUUAUUACGUUUUUCUUAAUGUUCUACUUGUAUUUUAGUGGUAUGAUUUAGAUAAUUAAUAGUGUAUAUAUAGUUUUCCAUUGUGUGUGGAAAUUAUAGUCACGCACAGUGAAGGUUUGAUGAUAUAAGUGUAUUUAAAAAAAACCUGAUGGAAGUAUUAACAUAUUUUUUGUGAACUUAAAACUAUUUUAAUUUUUCAGACAGUUUUAAUAAACAGGUUCAAGGUGUUCGAUGGAUUAAGAUGUGGACUGAAUAGUUUAGAAAUUGUGUGUAAGUUUUUAAGUAAACUUAAUGUAGAAUUUCCAAUAAAUCUCUACUAGAAAGUAUAUUUUUGUCCAUUCAGUGUACAAUGACUGAAAACACAGUUUAUAAAGCUUAAAAUUUUAGAUUGAAUAUGUAUUUAUUUUGACCCAAUAAAAUGACCGAGAAGUGGAUAUAUAUUCA